UCUCUCACAUAUCUUAAAAAGGAGAAUUCUCUCCAUUCAUGGAGGUUCCUGCUCUUCUCUCGUCAUUGGCAAUUUUAGUAUUGAUUUCAACGCCAUGGCACCCCCAACCAGUGGAGUCCUCUGCGCAUAGCAGCAUCACCGACUUGUAUGCUCUCCUUGCCUUCAAGGACCAUGCGUCUGAUCCUUACGGCAUCUUGGCUAGAAGCUGGAACACUACGACCUCCUUCUGCAGCUGGACUGGAGUCUCCUGUAGCCGCCGUCGCCAGAGAGUGACCGCCCUGGUGCUCAGUGACUUCCCUCUCCAAGGUACCAUCGCUCCCCAUCUUGCUAACCUCUCAUUCAUCUCGCGUCUCAUCCUCAAAAACACCAGUCUCGUCGGCCCCAUCCCGGAUGCUCUUGGACGACUGCACCGCCUCCGAUUUCUUGCCCUAGACGGGAAUCAUCUUACAGGAGGGAUCCCCGUCAGCUUGAGCAACCUCACGAAACUCGACUAUCUUGAUCUUUCACUAAACAACCUCACCGGAGGAAUUCCUCCAAACUUUGCCCGGCUGACUGCUCUACAGCAGCUGGUUCUUGAAAACAACAGCCUGAGCGGCCCGAUCCCACACUCCCUGGCCAACAACGCGUCCAUGCUCAACGUCCUUCUCCUAGGCAAUAACGACCUCUCAGGCCCCAUUCCUGAGGGCGUCGGCUACCUGCCCCAACUUCAGACCCUCGUCCUUGAGAAUAACCAGCUAUCCGGUCCCAUACCCCCGAGCAUCCUCAAUAUGUCUCUCCUGCAGGCCCUUUUCCUUGAGCAGAACAGCCUAUCAGGGCCCAUUGCUGGAGUCGGAAAUCAGAGCUUCAGGCUACCUCAGCUUCGCGGAACCUCCCUCUCAAUUAAUCAGCUCACCGGGCCCAUUCCGUCCAGUUUCGCCACAUGCACACAUCUUAACAUGCUGUCACUGUCGGCCAAUCAAUUGACCGGACCGGUUCCGGCGGAACUGGCAACCUUGUCAGAGCUCGAGUAUUUAUAUUUGGGUAGCAAUUACCUCACGGGAACGUUCCCGGGUGCCCUGAGCAACCUCACAAAGCUGAGUGAACUUGACCUGGUCAACAACAGCCUGCACGGGGAAAUUCCAGUGGACAUUGGCCAAUUUUCCGAGCUCCAUCUCCUGAGUUUGUCGGGGAAUCGCCUGAGUGGUGCAAUCCCUGAUUCUUUGGGCAACGCCUCCAUGCUCACUGCGGUAGACCUGUCAUAUAAUGCCCUGAUUGGGAUGGUUCCCGCUACGGUUGGGAACUUAGCGGCCCUACAGUUUUUCAACUUAGAGAGGAACGGGUUGGGCGGAGGGCUCGACUUCCUUUCUUCUUUGUCCAACUGCAGGAGCCUAGAGAAUCUGGUUAUUUCCAAAAAUGGGUUUGAUGGAAAUCUUCCUGAAUCCAUAGGGAACCUCUCGACACAUCUUCUAGAAUUUGUAGCUUACACCAACCAGAUCAAGGGAAGGAUACCUUCUGGGUUGAGCAAUUUAAGCAGCCUCAUCUCUUUGGACCUGUCUGAUAACCGGAUGACGGGAGCCAUUCCCCCAUCAAUCAUGAACAUGGAGAAACUACAGAUGCUGGAUCUUUCCUAUAAUAGGAUCGGAGGCUCCAUCCCGCAACAGCUUGAUGGAUUAAGGAGUUUAUUCAUGCUUCAUCUCGAUGAGAACAUAUUUUCGGGCUCGAUACCUGACUGUAUUGGAAACAUGACUCGGCUGCGAUCCUUGACACUCUCCAUCAAUUUGCUGUCAUCAGCCAUACCUUCAAGCAUUUGGCACCUAAGUGAUAUUUUGGAACUUAAUUUUUCCUAUAAUUCUUUGGAAGGCUUCCUACCAAUAGAUGUGGGAAGCCUACAUGCUAUCGCUAAAUUGGACCUCUCUGCUAACCGAAUGUAUGGUAAGCUCCCGGAAACUUUGGGUGGUCUCAUGACACUAGCUUAUCUGGAUCUAUCACACAACUCAUUCCAGGGUCCAAUUCCACAAUCCCUUGGUCAGUUGAUCAGUAUACAGUCAUUGAAUCUGUCAUCCAAUUCUUUCUCCGGUGCCAUUCCCAAAUCCUUGGCCAACCUCACAUUGCUUCACAACUUGAACCUCUCAUUUAAUAGGCUAGAAGGUCAGGUUCCAGAAGGUGGUGUCUUCUCCAAUCUCACAAUCCAAUCUUUGAUGGGAAACGCUGCGUUAUGCGGGGCAACACUACUAGGAAUGUCAGCUUGCUCCCAUAAUGAUGGUGGUGUCUCUCAUUCGAGAUUGACAAGGCGGAUACUGAUAUAUGCCCUUCCUAUUAUUGCAUCUAUGAUGCUGGUGGUUGCCUGCGUCUACUUACUGAUAACUAAGCUCAAGAGAAGAAGGAAGAAAACCGCAGUUCCAGCUGACGGGGUACAAGUGCCUGACAAUAGGUUGAUUUCCUACCAUGAACUCAGCCGUGCUACCAACAAUUUCAGUGAGGCCAACCUUCUGGGAUCCGGGAGCUUCGGGUCAGUGUUCAAGGGACAACUAGAAGAUGGGUCACUUGUAGCUAUAAAAGUUCUAAACUUGCAAACUGAAGGAGCCUCUGAAAGUUUUCACGCAGAAUGCCGAGCAUUGCGCAUGGCUCGGCACCGGAACCUUGUCAAGAUACUCAACGCCACUUCUAACUUGGACUUCAAGGCUUUGGUUCUCCAGUACAUGCCCAAUGGCAGCCUCGAGAGAUGGCUGUACUCCUACAAUUAUUUCUUGAGCCUUAUUCAGAGAAUAAAUAUUGUGCUAGAUGUGGCGAUGGCACUGGAGUACCUCCACCACCACCACAUGGAGGUCGUGCUACACUGCGAUCUGAAGCCAAGCAAUGUAUUGCUGGAUGAAGACAUGGUGGCUCAUGUUUCUGACUUUGGCAUCGCCAAGCUGCUUCAUGGCAUUAGCAGGUCCAUAGCAUCUGCGACUGCACCUGGGACAAUUGGCUAUAUGGCUCCAGAGUAUGGAUUAAAUGGAAAAGUGUCAAGAAGGAGCGACGUUUAUAGCUAUGGGAUACUAUUGCUAGAAACCUUUACAAGAAAGAAGCCCACUGAUCCCAUGUUUGCUGGGGAGUUGAGCUUAAGACAAUGGGUGAAUCAAGCAUUUCCUUCCGCAGUGUUGAAUGUUGUGGAUGACAACCUUUUGAGAGAUGCCGCAGGUUGUAGCGCUGGCCAUACCUUUUCCAAUGAAAGGCUAAUGGAAGGCUUGAGCAGAAAGCAUGCAUGUCUUUCAUCUGUUCUGGAGUUGGGUUUACUAUGCUCCAAAGAAUUGCCCAAAGAGAGAGUAUUGAUGGAAGACGUUGUUGUUAGAUUAAGGAAGAUCAAGAAGGAGUACUCGUCAAAUUUAUCUGGUGAUUGAAGCCAAUAAAGGCUUUGGCCAAACGAAGCAUAUUGGUGCAACUUUGUUGCAACCUUCUUUUACAUAUCUAAGGAUGUCAGGGCGUCUUGGUUCUUGAAUAAUGUACUGGCUCCUUGCUGCACUAAUUAUUUCAUUGAGUGACAGAUGGAGACGUUGAGAUUAGCUUGUAUCUAAAUAUAUAAUAAUGAGCAUAUAUGUCCUUCCGUUUCUUCUUUCAA